GGAUAUAUCCCCUCAAAUACAAAUGUGAUUCCGCGACAAAGCUAUCUUAAUUUAGCCAUUUCAUUUCGACAGCCUCUCGUGUAAUGUGUUUGAGUUUUCUUCUUGGUUGCUUCAAUGGACACCAACAAUAACAGCAACUCAUAUUUUAGAGCGUUAUUUAAUAAUAGAUGGAGCUCUCUAUCAAUAGCUGAAAGGAUCUGUGCAGCUUGUAUACCACUCAUUGCCAUCAUAGAGGCUGCAGUUUUCUCUAUCGCAGGCUGUUGCGAGAAGCGACAACCUCCCAGGAAAUGCCGCUUAGCUGCCAGAGAUCUGUCUCGGCUCGCUAAUGAAUCUCGAUUUACUGUUAACGAAAUAGAGGCUUUGCAUGAGCUUUAUGAUAGUUUGAGUUGUUCAAUUAUCAAAGUUGGGUUGAUUCACAAGGAGGAGCUCCAGUUGGCACUCUUCCAUACUACAAUAGGCGAGAAUCUUUUUUUGGACCUGGUUUUUGAUCUUUUUGAUGAAAAUAAAAAUGGUGUCAUUGAAUUUGAGGAAUUUGUUCGCGCACUCAGUGUCUUUCAUCCAUAUGCCCCAGUGGAAGAGAAAAUUGAUUUUGCCUUUAGGCUAUAUGAUCUAAGACAAACAGGGUAUAUUGAGCGGGAGGAAGUUAGACAGAUGGUAGUUGCCCUUUGGAAUGAGUUCGAAAUAAAAUUGCCAGAUGACGACCUUGAAUCUAUCAUCAACGAAACAUUUGCUGAUGCUGAUACUGACAAGGAUGGUAGAAUCAAUAAAGAAGAAUGGAAGGCAUUUGUGAUUCGUAAUCCAUCCCUCUUGAAGAACAUGACUCUCCCUUGCCUAAAGGAUAUCUCCACGAUUUAGUACAUAAGAAGCUGCAUUGUAUCUGAUCUAUUUACUGUGAUUCUGUUUCAAGGAGGCUCUGAUCCUGCUUGACAAUUCAUGUGUUACUGAUCGGGUUCAACAAGAUUUCAUUCAUAUUAGGCUAGAACAGUGGCAAUAUUAGGUUCCCCUCAGCUAUAUAGGCCGGCUGUAAAGGAGCUGAGUCGCUUUAAUCAAAAGCAUCAUAUAGAGAGCAGGAAAAUCAAUUUUCUUAGCAAGUAUGUGGUGUUUUGUAGUAGAUACUAUGUAUUUAUAUGGUUACCUUGUGUAAAUUGUUUUUCCUGGUAAUCAAGCAGUUCUGAAGAUUUUUCUGAAUAUUAAAGGAUUGUCAAGGAACCUUAUUACUUUCGAGGAUAUAAGAACUGUGGUUGAUUGUUUCUUUGCACCAAUGCAAUUUCAAAACUUGAUAUUCUACA